UUACUGUAUUCAAAUCAAACCCCGUGGGCCGGAGCUGACAGUGAAUCUUCUCUCCCCUCCCCCCACAAUCCUCUUGCCUUUCUCUCCUGCCCCCCCAAAAUUUCCCUUUCGCCGCGGACAUAAAGGCCUGUGAGGUAUUCUCCCGGGGGAAGAAAUGGCAUUUUCUCUCCCCUCCCCCCCAUAGGACUAGUGUGUCGGCAGAGGCGUCUGCCGAGGGGCUAAUUUCGCGUUCCUUGUUUACGAUCGAGAAAAGCGCUUGGCUCUCCCCAAAUGGGCCCAGCCCGCCGCCUGCUCCGGCUGCCGCGCGCUCUCCUGCCGCUCAGGCAGAGCCCAUAGGCUGACGCCCGGGUUAUCCAGGCUGCGGCAGGCCGGGACCUGGAGUCUGUGGGACCUGAAAAGGGCAAAGGGAGUACGGUGGGACAGUGGAGGGGCCCGAGAGGCCCGAAAAUGGGAGCCUUUUUCCUGGCGUAAUGUGGGAACCGCCGACCGGUGAGGCUUCUAUUUCUUUUCUUUCGCCUGUAUUUUGUCUGCCCCCUCCUCUUUGGAUGGGCACACUGAUGGGGGUGGGGGAGCAUAAGUCUCCUUUGUUUGCCCUCAAAAGCAAACCUUUUCUGGAGAAGGCCAUCCAUACCAGUAGAGAUUCACCUAGAAUAUUAGAGGGGUCCCCUCCCAUCAGAGGGGCGGGCCUGGGCGAGGCUGGGGUAUAUCUCUAGGCCUGCAGGGAUCUAAUUGGAUGUGCUGACAGAGAAAUUUUGGGGUGCUGGGCUCGAGGUUAACCGCUAACAACACCAAUCUUGAAGUGUCCCUCUGUAAUAUUUUUAUCGAUUUUUUGUCCCUUCCUAGCUAGAAUCCUGCAGGCCCCCACCUUACCCUAUGCCCUUCACCCCUAGACCAGUCCUCCUGAGUCAGAGGUAAGCAGAGAAAGCAUAGCAGCAGUGACUGUCCCUGGUAUUCCAGUCUGGCCAGGGAAUAAACCAGACCCUCCCUAACCGAUGGUCACCAGCCCUGUGUCUCCCAGUUACUUUCGCUUUUCUUUCCCUUCUUUCUCUCCCUCUCUGGCAUUCAAACAGAAGCAUAAGAGGGGACACCAGUGGCAACCCUCAGCCUGGUUGCAGGCCAAAUUCCCUGCAGACAUGGUCCUUACUGCAGGAGAGCUCUUCUGUGAUUAUCUAAUAAUAGCCAGUAUGGCUGAGAAUAGAAUCUGGCUCAAAAACUGUGCACACCCCGGGCUAAGGCUGGGUAGAGACAUUGAAUCUGUGGAUCAGGGCCUGGCAGCAUUCCCUGGGCUCAGGGCCCCAGUUUUUCCCUCUGAGCCCACUCUUUGGGAACUCUCAGGCCUGCCCCUUAAGAGGGGUGCUUUGUCAGCCCUGCCAUCCACUGUAUUUCAUGCGCCGAUUCCUAGCUAAGGAGAAAUUGGCAGAGCAAACCCUUUCUCUCCCUGGUCUGACAGUUGUGAUCCCCACGGAAAAUGCGACCUUGUUUGGAUAAAGCGACCUUGUUGGGCUGGCUAUUGUGUUCUGCAACCAGACUUGGUAGUGUUAUGCAUUUAUUAUAUACAGGCUCAAAUGUACAGACUCAGACUUAUGCAUGAAUAUAUACAGACUCAUAUUUCUUUGGUGGUUAAUUGUAUAUUACCAUGCCUAUAUUGACUCAAACACCAUUUUAUGUGCAUGCAAAAUUUUGUUAGCCUUCACUAGAUGAGAGUGGGCUCAUAGAGGCACCGGGUGCACAGCAGAGGUCCUCUGUGCAUGCUUUGCUGGAAAUAUGUGUGUGCUGGAAUUGGAGUAUGCGGGUUCCAGUAACCAACAGAUGCCACAAAGGCUUUCUCAGACCUUAUUGCUUUUGCUGUUCAAGCAGCUGGGCUGAGGAAAUACUAAAUCCCUUCUGCUUUCUCUCCAUACCUCCCCACAAACUUUCCCAGCUUAAAGACUAUUUUAUAAGGGGAACCCAGUUGUCUUCAAAGUGAUUUCUGUGGGACUCGUUGCUUGGGUAUGGUGGGCCUGCAAGCAAUCAGCCCUGGUGCAUGGAAGCCUCACUGGGGUGAUGAAGGGAUUGGAGUGGUUAAUAAGGUGGCCUUUGGGCGGUGGUCUGGAGUGGCUGCCGGCCAGAGUGCUUGGAAAGGCUGUUGGAGAAGGCAAGCCAGAAGGAUUAAAUGUGCAGUCAAUAUCGGUCCCUAUCUCUGCCUGCCCUGGCUGCACACCCCUGCCUGCAUCUGUGGAGGCAGAUUAUGAGCCCUCUACCGUCUGUCCCCCAAAUACCCAGAUCUGGUUACUGGUGGAACUGCGUUUUAAUUCUCUCUGCUACCUAAGCCAGGGCAAGGCUGGGCCAGGGAGAAGGCUGGUCUGGGUGAUGCAGGAGAGGAAGCUGGGCCUGGAGCACGAAGUAUGGGCCGCUGAGGCUGGAAAUUAAUGGGCCUCCUUUCCCAGCUUUUCUCCCUUCCAGACCCAUGAAAAUACAGAGUGGAGGGGAAAUAUAAAUGCCAGCGGAUAACUCCAUAAAAGAAAGUAAGGGCAGGAACUGGGCUGGAGGGGUUUUCCUCCGCUCCCUAGACUAUCAGGUUCCUCCCAACACUGUCCUGUCCAGACAUGCUGUGCCCAAAGGUGUGCAGCUUUCUUCCACCUUCCUUCCGCCCUUCACAGAGCACAGCCUCAGGCUUUCUGGGCCUCGGCCACCCGGGGCGCUGGGGCGACAUUACCCCAGGACUGUGCCUCUCACCCAGCCCACGGCCUCUGCCACGGGGCUGCAGCCGCUCCUGUUUAUUGUGUCUGUGAGUUGUUUACUUGUUUUGUCUGCUGCCACCCUGCGUCAGAAACCCGCCAAACCAGCAAACUCGCCCAGGAGAACAAAGUGCUGCGAUAUCCCCAACUCCCUCCCCUUUCCAGCAAACCCCUCCCGCCCUAACAUGCUCUUUCAUUCUCCUUUUCCGAAAGGAGGAAGCAGAAAUCCUCUUAAAAUAGGUCAGCUGUUUAUAGGGUCAGGAGAAUUAUGGGGACACCAUAAACCUCCGGGUGUCCCUGUGGUGGAGAGACUCAUGAGCAGCCCUCCCCUUGCCUCCGGCUUUUCUUCCUUCCCCUGGUAACCACUUAGUUAAGGGGACCACAGUCACUGAGAAAGUUGAGCCCACCCCCCUCACCCCACUCCUCUACUCCCUUCUGCAGGAGUUUCCCGGAGACACAGGUUGUUGGGUUUUAAAUCAGGGUAAUGUUGAUGGAUUCAUAAAGCUAGAUAAAGAAUGUUGCUCUCCCCCCAUCCUUCCAUCUCCUCAGCCCCCCAAAAUAGCAGUGAAUUUAAGCAAAUUCUACAAAAUUAAAUUACCCCUUUGCUCAAGAUCCUAUAAAUCUCCAAUUCCACCAGGUGUAGAGUCAGAGAGGCCACUGUUAGCCUUUAAUUUUGCUCCCGGCUAUCAAAUCUAAAAGACUAUCAUUGAAGUAAGUAAUAUUCUCAUUUCUGAAAUUAAUUUCCCCCUCCCCAUCUCUUUCCCUCUUUUUGCCAGCACAAAUUAAAUGGUUCUUUCAAAAUUGCAAACAAUAAAGGCUAAAAUUAUUUAUAGGGAAAUGAAGAGGAUAUUUUAUUGUUGGCUUAUUGUUCCAGAACAUAAUAACAUUUUAUUUUCAAGCAGUAGAAGUUAGACCAGGGGAAAAAUAAGGGGGGAAGGAAAAAAGAGUGAGGGAAGGCCAGGCACCCACAUACAAAACUCCUGCAUUAUUUAAUUUCUGUGACAAUCCACUGUGAUGUCAUAAAUGCUGAGAUCUUGAAUUUUACAGUUCUCAAGAACCUCCAAAACGGGUCCAAGCAACGCUUGAUGUGGAGGAGCAUAAGAGAAGCCAGCAAGUUAGGGAUCCUUUGGCCCAAUGCAAAGCAGCAUAUUUUGCUAUUGCUGCUUCUUCCUCAUCUGACACCAUUUUGAAGUCCUAUCCUGGGGGCUGAAAUUAUUCUGGAUUUUAAUUUUUUUCUCCCCGGCCAAGCAGGGCCACUUGCUUUACACCCCCCCCCCCAAUGUCCCUAUGCAUCUGAGCUUCCUCCCCAUUCCCAGUGGGGAUGAGAUGCGGUGUCCCCAGGCUCUCCCCAAGUCCCCUCCUCAGCCGAUACUCAGCUGCUUGGGAUACAGUGGGAGCACACACUUAGUCCCCCCACCCUUUUUGGGGCCAGGCCCCAAAAAGCCAGAAAUGAUUUUUCCCAGAUGAAGCCGGAAGGGGGCUCAGGUCUGAGUGUGAUGGGACAGAGAUGCUUGGGACCUAUUUUACUUAUUAACCUUAAGCCAGAGAAGUAAUUGAGAAGCCAAAUAAAUGCCAAAUACUGAUAGAAGAGUCUGUAUCUGUUGAUGGUGGCAGCAGUAGGUGGAGUGCCAGUAAGGAAAGGUCAGGAAGAAAUCUGGAAAGAGAAAGGGAAGCGAGGAAAUAUGACAUGAGUUAGCAGAGCCCCUCUAUAUACCUUUCUUCUCUGUUAAAUUGCAAUAGAGCAAAAGCAGCUACGGCAGCCUCUCGACCUCCUCUUAGCUCAAAAGAGCCACUAGUGCAGGCCUCUGAGGUGUUUGGAGCAGUUCUCAGCAGCUUGACAUGCCCCAUCUGGCCUCUUUCUCCUCCCCCCUUCCCUGCUGACCCCCAACUCCCUUCAGCUGGCCAGCUAGGGCCCUGUCCCCAGAAUAUCAGCACCCCCAAAUACAAUCCAUUUCCGGGUUGGGUGUGUCAAAUUUCACUUUUCUCCAUGCCUGAACUUUGAAAGGAGAAGGCAGGCGUGCUCCUUUUUGGAAUGCAGUGUGUAUGUAUAUGGAGGAGGGAACAUGUGCUCAGACAACUUCCCCCACCCUGUAUAUGAGAAAUCGGGAGCCCCUUGGGUGAGCUGUGCUUUGGUGUUCCCAAGCAGACCCAAUUCCCUGCGUUCAGGUUCUCUGGCAGACCCGCAGGCUCUUUGCAACCCUUUUUACUAGGAGUUCCACGGAGAUCAAAGGAGCUUAUACACACAACAGGCAUUUGGAGUAGGAUUUAUUUUAUAAUUUUUAAAUUAAAAAAUCUAAUCAUAAGCCAGUUGGGCCAUCUGAGCAGUUGCUCUAGAACAGCAAAGCCUUAACCAAAUAGUGCGAUUGUGAGGUGAGCUGAGCAAUUAUUGAAAGGCGGCUUUCUCUGUAAGAGGGAUUUUAGUCCUCGCCCAGUGGCACAAAAGGGACCGGCGGGGCAACCUCUUCUACCGCUCUGGAAAGUGAGAAUCUGGGUUGGGGGGGCAGGGUCGGGCAGCUGCAGUGGCUUCCAGGCAGCCAAGCGCCCAGGCCAAGCGCUGAGUGCUGACUCCUGCAGCUCCAGUGUUCGGGUUCCUGAACAGCCUCGGGAGGCUCCUCGGAGCUGUAGUUAGCAGCAAGGCAGCCAGGGACGGAGUGUUUGUGUGCUAGGGUGGGUGAGUCACAAACAUCUGCGCAGUUUGGAGGUUCUGGGCAAAGAGAGGAGACCGGCAGAACACAAACUAAGCAUGACCUCUGGAAAAGACUGUCUUCAAAUAAAAAUUCCAGAUCUCAUCCCAUUCACUUCAAAUAUCCUCCCCCCGCCCCAAAUUAAUAGAUUUCCAAGAGCAGGGUGGAAAGCAUAGGCCAGCAAGGUGAGGCCUGCUCAGGAACCUCUGAACCUCUUCAGGGCCGGGGUCCAGUCCCACCGUCUGUCUCUCCAGUUCAGUGCCACAUAGGCCCCCAGCCUUUCCCUGGCCUGGAGCAGGGGAAGGCUGGAGUUGAGUGCUUAACUCUCCCUGGGAAUUCCAUCAAGUACCCAGCCUCCAAUACAACCCUUAGCCUUGGGGACUCCAGGCCACUGACUGCACCCCACCCAGGGGUCCUAGGCACAGGCAGUAAAUUUCUCUCCUAUAAUUAGCACUGUCUAAAAUCAUGUGUUUUGGAUUGGGGGGACUGGAGCAGCAAACGGUAACUUUCCCCCUUUAUUCCUUUUUGGUGUUUUUCUGAAUCCUGUUUUUGAAUCCACUUAUUAAAGUUUCGGAAACCAAAAUCUGCUCUUGACAUCAAGCCCCCUCCAAAUGCCUGAUUCGGGAGGCCAGGGGGCCAGGGCAGCAGCGCAGAGACCUGCGGGCCUGAUGGGGAAUGUUUUCUGAUUUUUCUAGGCUUGUUUUAUAGAAACAAAGAAUAAGUUCUCUCCCUUCCUUCCCAAGACUUGUGCAUAUUUACAGAGCUCAACUGCAGUUUUAAUAAAACAUCUGUUCUUGCUUCUGCUGAUGAGUUUCCAUAAUUGUUUUCAGACAAAUUUAACAGGAAAAUAUAAAUAUAUUUAGAAAACUCCAAGUCCCAGUUUUCCCCCAUAGCCCUUCUUUUGCCAAAAAAAUAAAAUUAACAUGAAAUGGGAAAAGGAAAAUAUAAUCCAAUGGAGGAAAGAUCGGGCUCAUCUGACCUGCUCUCCCCCCUUGGAUCGAAUCCUUCCACCAAAUUUCAGCUGUAUAAUUAAAGAUCUAACUGAAAGAAGAAGGCUUCUUUCCUCAGGAACGAAGGAAGGUAAUAGGGGAGAGUGUGUUGGAAAUUAAUUUUGCUGAAAGUCUUUAAGCAGUGAGGGAAUUUAUUUGUAUUUCUGCUUCCCCUUCUCUCCCCCUUCUAGCAUUUCUGCCUUUUUCACCCAGCAGCUGGUUUCUGUUCAUUAUAAAUCGGCGAGACCUUUCAGUCUCUGCCCUCUGUUUAGGGACGUAAUAAAACACUUAACUUUCCGGGCCUGAGACUUACAUUCUGCUCCUUAGGUCGCCCACCCCCCUAAGCCCACCACCUUUAGGCCCCGAAAGAGAAUCUCCCUAACUUUGGGGCCCCUUUCCUCUCAGACUUGGUUGAAGAGGAGCUUAAGGAAACCCAGGCAUCCUUGUUGGGGAGCUGUAGCACAUGCUUCCCCAGAAGCCCCUUCUUUCUUCCAAGGUCCCUCCCUCCCCCACCCACCCAUAAAAGAGAUUUUAAAAUACAUACAAAAUCAACACUCAUUGAAAGCGAAACCUCAUUAAGACAUCCUAUCUUCCAUCAUUCAAUUUGUUGUACAUUGCAACAAUUUAAUAUCUUGAAGGAAAUAUCACUGACAUGAUUUAUCCCUCUAGCAAUCUCUCUCUGAAGUGGGGGGGGGAAUUUACUCUCUCUCUUCUGGCCUCUUCUACUUGUUACACCACUACCCUCAGGGCAGAAAGGAGGCUGGGAACUUUGACAGAGGCUACUUGUGUCCAGGGGUGCACUGACUUGUUCCCUAGCUCAGCCCCCAGGAAUCUCUCCCCUUGUUCUCUCUGCCCCCUACCUCUUGCCCUCCAGGGGGCCUGGAGCGCAAACCAGCUGUUGGAAACCUCUGCCCAGGCAUGCCAUGAAUCUGAAGACAGCUGGAUUCUAGAGUGAAAAGCAACUCAUGUUGGCGUCGUCUAUGUUUGUGUACCUGCCAGGUCACCCCAAAAUAAGAUAACUCAUCUCAAAAUUUCUUUCUUAAUUUAAAAACCCUCCUGUCCCCUUUUACCUUCAUCUCCUUGGGGAGAAGAAAGUGUGGUUCAAGAGAAGGAACCUUUAUAAUUAUAGGGGUCUUUCCCCUACUCUUCCAAAUACCAACAAAUGUCCCUCUUUUCUGAAGGAUUAGGGCUGUAUUUUUAAAAGCCAACACAAAUUGUCUGGCAGGAAGACUCUUCAACCCCCUAACGAGGUUCAUGUAUUAACUAACAUGUUGUCUCUACACACUGUCUGCUUUUGGGUUCGAAAACUUUAUUUUUCCCCCCUAGCGACACUCCAGGGAAACCUUAACGUUACAGAAGAUGAAUAAACGAGUUUUUUCCCAGCGUAGUCCCGUUUAUGGCUUUAUUGCUACCCAUUGAUUACUCCGCUUUGUUACACAGAAGGAAAAGAUCAUAAAAUCCGGCGACAUCCGGGUUCUUGUUAUAGCCAGUUUCCCCCCCUCCCCAAAACGGUGAGAGGAAAAUAUGAGCUUUCACUGCUCCCUGCGCACUCCCCACCGCCCCCUCUUUGUCAACUCAAAGCAUUUUCAGCCCAUGUCACGAUAUCAAAUUAAGUUUGGAUUAAUCAGGAAAAAAAACCCAUCUGCACACCUUCCCUUGUUUCAGUUCGCCCACUGCGGCUCCCUCGGAAGCCUCGGACUCAGCUGCCUUUUCCUAACCUUGUCUUCCUUUUUCUCAGUCUCAAAGUGGAAAAAAUUGGAGGGAGAGGCCCGGCCCCACCAGGGAUGACUGGCACUUGGGGAGAGCUCCCCAGGAGCUCUUUGCUGAAGUCUCCAAGCCCCAGAGCUCAGGUCCAGGGGCGCCUCCCCUGGCAGGGCUGUGAGUCCGGAGGGGGCAGGGGGCUCUGACCUGUGCAGGGGCUUGAGCCUGCAGGAAGCCAACUGUCCAUCAGAGCCCCACCAGCCUUCUCUUUCUGGCUGGAUCCAAUGUGAAUUGCCCCACCGGUCCUCGCUGGCUCCAAAUCAUAAAUUCUCACCAACAUAAACAGGAGUUGAUGUCCCUAGAAAGACUCUCAGAGUUUUCUUUCUUCUUCCUUUCUUCCCUUCUUUCUGUUUCUAUUCUUUUACUUCUUUUUCUCCUUAUUCUUUGCAUUUCCAUGCAUAUUUCCCUUUUAGGCAAAAAUGCUGCAAGAGUCUUUCCCAAAAGGGGGUCCCGGUGAGGCAGAAGGGAGCAAGGAGGCAAAGGAAAGCAAAUGCAUGGCCCCUUUGCUCACUUCAGCUCUGCCAGUGUACUCCGAAGUCUCACCCUUGACCCUUUAGACCUAGUUGCUCCCCACAUCCCUCCUAUACCCAAGACUCUCAGCCACACUCUCCUUCUUCUGGGCACCAUGUUUUAUGAAAUUUCUUUCUACUUCUGAUUUUUUUUAAUUAUUGGGGGAAAAUACCGGUUUAGUGAUGGGGACUUACUCCAUGGAGUGUCAAAACCAGGAUUUCCUGUAGGAUUUCUGGGGACUCCCCUGAGCUGGCAGGGAGCUCCUCCCAUGAAGAAAUCAGGAUGUAAUUUUAGAAGGGGGCAGAUAUAAAAGAUGAAAUCAGAUUGAAAAUACAAGGAUUUCUUCAGCCCUGUCUCUGGCCACAGCACAGCAAAGUUAGCUGGGGCUGAGAGAUUUCCUGGGAGUGCAGCUCUCCUUCUCCUGGCCCCAAGGCCCUGCUCACGGAGGCGCACCCCUCCUGCACCCCCAGACCAGUUCUCUUACAUAUAUAUUUUAAAAAGAAAUCCAAGUCUUACUUUCAAAGCACACACUUAGUCUCAACUAGGGAAUCAACAGAAGCAGAAGCGAUUUUUUUCCCCCUUCUUGACAUCUGGCUUACCAUUGGCUGGAAGGGGGUCAGCUGACUUUGUCAUUUUGUCUGUCCUGGAUUGGAGCCGUCCCUAUAACCAUCUAGUUCCGAGUACAAACUGGAGACAGAAAUAAAUAUUAAAGAAAUCAUAGCCCGACCAGGUAAAGGCAAAGGGAUGAAUUCCUACUUCACUAACCCUUCCUUAUCCUGCCACCUCGCCGGGGGCCAGGACGUCCUCCCCAACGUCGCCCUCAAUUCCACCGCCUAUGAUCCAGUGAGGCAUUUCUCGACCUAUGGAGCGGCCGUUGCCCAGAACCGGAUCUACUCGACUCCCUUUUAUUCGCCACAGGAGAAUGUCGUGUUCAGUUCCAGCCGGGGGCCGUAUGACUAUGGAUCUAAUUCCUUUUACCAGGAGAAAGACAUGCUCUCAAACUGCAGACAAAACACCUUAGGACAUAACACACAGACCUCAAUCGCUCAGGAUUUUAGUUCUGAGCAGGGCAGGACUGCGCCCCAGGACCAGAAAGCCAGUAUCCAGAUUUACCCCUGGAUGCAGCGAAUGAAUUCGCACAGUGGGGUCGGCUACGGAGCGGACCGGAGGCGCGGCCGCCAGAUCUACUCGCGGUACCAGACCCUGGAACUGGAGAAGGAAUUUCACUUCAACCGCUACCUAACGCGGCGCCGGCGCAUCGAGAUCGCCAACGCUCUCUGCCUGACCGAGCGACAGAUCAAAAUCUGGUUCCAGAACCGCCGGAUGAAGUGGAAAAAAGAGUCUAAUCUCACGUCCACGCUCUCGGGGGGCGGCGGAGGGGCCAAUGCCGACAGCCUGGGCGGAAAAGAGGAAAAGCGGGAAGAGACAGAAGAGGAGAAGCAGAAAGAGUGACCAGGACUGUCCCUGCCACCCCUCUCUCCCUCUCUCCCUCGCUCCCCCAACUCUCCUCUAGUCACACACUCUGUAUUUAUCACUGGCACAAUUGAUGUGUUUUGGCUCCCUAAAACAAAAUUAGGGAGUUAAGUGUGGACCUGAAAGUCAGCUCCGGACCCCUCCCUCACCGCACAACUCUCUUUCACCAGGCGCCUCUUCCUCCUUGCUCCCUCGCUAGCUCCUCGGCUUGUCAGCAGGCCCCUUCCCCCGCCCAGGCCUUGGGGGCUCCGGUCCCUGAACUCAGACUCCAUAGAUUCCCUCCAAAUGAGGACUCCCUCGAUGCCCCCGCCCCGCCAGCCGGCUCCGGGCCCUGGGGCCUCUGUUGGGGCCUCAGGGCCGGCCUGGCAGCAGGGGAGGGCCGGAGGCCCAAGGAGGGUGCGCCUGAGCCCCACACUAACCCCCAGGGCUUCCCCGCAGUCCCUGCCCGGCCCCUCUGCCCCAGCAAAUGCCCAGCCCUGGCAAAUUGUAUUUAAAGAAUCCUGGGGGUCAUUAUGGCAUUUUACAAACUGUGACUGUUUCUGUGUGAAUAUUUUUAGCUGUAUUUGUGGUCUCUGUAUUUAUAUUUAUGUUUAGCACCGUCAGUGUUCCUAUCCCAUUUUAAAAAGGAAAAAAAAAAAAGAGGGAAAAUCACAAAAAGAGAGAAAAAAAGUGAAUGACGUUUGUUUAGCCAGUAGGAGAAGAUAAAUGAAUAAAUAAAUAAAUAAAUAAAUCCCCUCGUGUUACCCUCCUGUAUAAAUCCGACCUCUGGAUCCGUUCUCGAAUAUUUAAUAAAACUGAUAUUAUUUUUAAAA